GGGAAUGUUCUAAAUUCCCAGACUUUUCUUCGGGGAUGGUUUAAUUAUUUGGCAAUAUAAUAUCGGAGGUCGCCAAAAAAGUACUAGUUCAAGUGAAAAAAGCUAGCAAAGCUCAAAGUUCAGUGUGUCGUUUGUCGACAUGGGAACGUUGUCAUUGAACGAUUGUAAGGAGGUGAGGAUCCCCGCUCCUUGGGGUCAUAUCUCCGGUCGUUGGUAUGGCAAUCGAAGGGAUCGACCAAUACUUGCCAUUCAUGGUUGGCUAGACAACCUGGGAACCUUUGAUAGACUAAUUCCCCUGCUCCCUGAUUAUAUAGGAAUCCUAUGCAUCGAUCUUCCGGGUCAUGGAAGAUCCUCUCAUCUGCCGCCAGGAAUGCACUACAGCAUUUAUGAAUUUGUGUACAUCAUUCCUAGGGUUAUGCAUGAGUAUGGCUGGAAGAAGGUCUCCCUUUUGGGUCAUUCCCUGGGCGGCAUCAUUAGCUUCUUUUAUGCAGGUCUCGCUCCACACACGGUGGAUAUGGUUAUCUCUCUGGAUAUUCUACUAAGCAAUCCACUUCGAGAUGCUGAGCUAAGCAUUAAGAAGGUGGCCCAGGCUAUGGAAAAGCACCUGAUAGAGGAAGAUCGGCGGGAUGAAGCUAGUCUUCACGAGCCACCCUCCUACACUUUGUCUGAGCUGUGCAAAGCCCUUGCCGAAGGGAGCAUGAACUCUGUGACACCUGAACUGGCCAAGCAUCUACUUUAUCGCCAGGUGACCAAGUCAGAGCUCUACCCGGAUCGAUUCUACUUUUCCAGAGAUGGACGGAUAAAGUUCUAUCACACCAUUCAUACAGAACGUGGCCUAGCCGCUGAACUGGCGCGACGUAUAGGAAGGAAACCCUAUCUCAUCAUCAAGGGAUCUAAGUCACCGUAUGUGGGAGUAGAGUGUGAGGAGCCCAUGUCCAUUCUGGGUCAAAAUAAUCCUCACUUUGAGUUUUACGAGGUGCCUGGGGGAACCCAUCAUGUCCAUCUUCAUGCCGCCGAGGAGUGUGCCCGGUAUAUAGUGCCCUUUAUACAACAUCAUCGACCACCAGUCCUUACAUCAUGGUCUUUAACGGGUAAGGACUUGGAACCGAGCUCUAAGGAGGAGAACAGGAGUUGCUAUAGCAAACUUUGACCUGAUUUUGGAAAAGAUUUUAGAUCAAAAUGAAGUAGGAAGAAGUAUUAACUACAGCCAGCCAU